UGGAAAAGUACUUCAAGGGCAACAUAGGCCAACAGGUGUGCAAGUCCACAAGGGGGACGGACAUCAUGCCUGUAUCUUGGUCUGCUGUGGUGGGAUGCAGGCCAAAGAUAUGCGGGGAUCAUCCCCAGACUCUGGGACAGAAACGUAAACCAACAAUACAACAGACAGACAGAUCCCUUUGACUGUGGAGACGGGCAGCGUGCUGUCCAAAGACCCGGCCUGACGCACGCAGACGGACAGACAGACAGACAGUCUGAUGCCAACUGUCUCCACUGUCAAUCUCACGGCACCACUCCUCCUCCUGUUGCUAUGGGCAACCCACCCCACCAUGGCAACCAACUGGCUCUCCCUGGCGAGGCUGCCUCGCUCCAGGCCCGUGUCCGGUGCUGCCCCAUGUGCGCGGCUGAGGGGGCUGACCCCGGGGCAGGUGGGGGUGUGCAGGGCGCGAGGGGAGGUCAUGGAGUCCGUACGCAAGGCAGCCGAGACGGUCAUAGAAGAGUGCCAGCACCAGUUCAGGAAUCGACGCUGGAACUGUUCCACCACCCCACGUGGGAUCAAUGUAUUUGGCAGAGUCAUGAAUCAAGGGACUCGUGAAGCGGCCUUAUUGCAUGCUUUGUCCUCAGCAGCCGUGGCAGUGGCUGUGACCCGAGCCUGCACCCGCGGGGAGCUGGAGAGGUGUGGCUGCGACAGGAAGGUCAGGGGGGUGAGCCCCGAGGGUUUCCAGUGGUCAGGGUGCAGUGACAACCUGUCCUAUGGUGUGGCUUUCUCCCAAACAUUUGUGGAUGAACCAGAACGAGCCAAGGGGCUUUCAGCGGGGCGCCCACUCAUGAACCUCCACAACAACGAGGCGGGCCGAAAGGCCAUCCUUCACAACAUGCAGGUGGAGUGUAAGUGUCAUGGCGUCUCCGGCUCCUGUGAGCUGAGGACCUGCUGGAAGGUUAUGCCCCCAUUCAGGCGCGUUGGUUUUGUGCUCAAAGAACGCUUCGAUGGAGCCACGGAGGUCCGCCUGACUCGUAUAGGAUCCAGGACAGCCCUGCUCCCCCGUGACCCGCAGGUCAAACCCCCUGCUGCCAGAGACCUCGUGUACCUUGCUCCGUCUCCCGAUUUCUGCCAUCUAGACCCUGACAACGGUAUCCCUGGGACAGCUGGUAGGAGAUGUAACGGAACCUCUCGGCUGGCACCAGACGGCUGCGAGCUGGUGUGCUGCGGGCCGGGAUACAGAGCAGGCCGGGCUGAGGUGGUGCAGCGCUGCUCCUGCAAGUUUUCCUGGUGCUGCUCAGUCCGCUGCCAGCAGUGCAAGAACACAGUCACCAUUCACACCUGCAGAGUCUAAGAGGGCUCAAACAAGACCAAACCGGCUGAGCAGAGAGAUCCAAACAAACCACGAGACAGACACUCGCGAACACAAGGCGGGAUAAAGACAACGUAGACAGUGCAGCGUUCAUUUAACUCGUUUUUGACUGAAUCAAUGCUGUUAAGUUUGAGGAUUCCGUUGUAAAAGCUGCAAAGUUAGUUAGAGCACAUGUAAAAAGCAAGCAACCAUGACAAAGCAUCAACAGUAAGCAAGGUACAAACAGAAAUCACCGUCAGGUGGGCAGGCACAGACAUGCAUGCACACAAAUACACGUAAACACACUCAGUUAAUCUCGCAUUUAACGGACAAAGCUUUUAAAGCUGUACCUAACCACAACUAACAGGGAAAUAACGCAGAACUAUUCAUAUUUUAUGCAAACUAUUUGCGUCAUAGACUAGCAGGUCUUUGAACAUUUACUGUAUUUAAGUUUAGGUUUAUUUAUUUGUAUAUCCAAGUCUUUGCUUGAGUUCAGCAGGCAUCUUAAAUAGCAAAAAUAACUUCUACUUACAUUAGUGUCUGUCUUGUGUUUGGCCCCUCACCUUCAUGUGAAACUCUCCUGCAUGUUCCUGCACACGCAGUGCUUUUAGGUCUGUUCAUGAAAUCUAAUA